AUGCAGAUUAAAAGGAAUAGACCAAAAUUGGGUGUUCCUAAGUCAACCAUUCUAAAUACUUAAUUAUCUACAAAUUAAUCUUUAAGUAAUUGAUUUAUUAAAUUAUAUCUUUCUAGCUAGUAAUAAAUUGAUUGGUUAAAAAACAAUUCAUGAACCAUUCCUAGAUUAGAGUCAGAGUAUAAGUUUACAUUAAUAACAAAAAGAAUUGAGACCAACAUUUAAAUUAUCUCCAGUUUAAUAAUUGUUACAUUAUUUAUUUUACAUUAUUUAGAUAGCCUUUCAAUUUAGAUUCCACUUAUAGAUAAAAAAGAAAUAUUUAAAAGACUGAAGGUAGUUCAUCUGAACCUCUUCUUAAAAUCAAUAUGAAAAACCUUGAAAUUCCUAAGGAUAGACUUUUAUUUGCCACUGAAACAAAACAAACUUCAAAAUCAUUAGUUGACUUAGAUGAUGUAAAAUAUUCUUUUUAAUAUUUUCAGCAAUAUGAUUAUAUCAAAACUUUUAGAGCAAUACCUAUGUAAACUAUAAAAGAAAUCUAUGACAAUGAUCGUAAAGAGAUUGAAAGAUUAUGUUCAGCAGACAAACAUAAUCCUAUUGAUUCUAGAUUAGGUCCUAUUAGACCAUAGUUAUAGCAUCCAAAUAUACCAGAAUUUCGUAAAUAUUUUAAAGAAAAUGAAAGAUAUUAAGAAAUGCAGCAAUUUUAUUAAAUUGAUCCUAACAUUUAUUAAAAAAUGACUGAAAAAGUAAUAGAGAUUUUUUUAUAAUAUUUAGAUUAAAUAAGAGAAACUGAUGCCUAGAGAAAUGAAAUUAUUUACUAAUAAUAAUAAUGAUAAACUAAUUGCUAAUAAUUUAUUAGGAUCUGAUAUGUAUGUAGAUUUGUUUUCUGAAGGAUUAUCAUCAUCUCAUUUUAGUAAUUUAAAAUCACUCCAAAUGAAAAACAAUAAAUUAAAUAACAAUAGAAUAACUAUGAUUGCCAAAAAUCUACCUAGUAGUAUUAUUGAUUUAGAUUUCAGUAACAAUUCUAUUGGAAAUAGUGGAAUUGCCAGUAUUUGUGAUUUCUUAAAUUCUAAAAAUUGUUAUCUUUAAAUACUGAACUUAGAAGAUAAUAAAUUAAGAGAUGGACCUAUAAUGACUAUUCUUAAAACUCUUUAAUAGAGUAAAACAAUUAAAGUCAUUAAAUUCUCAAAAAAUUAAAUUACAGAUAUAAGUAUGGAUUAAUUUGGAAAUUUAUUGAAAACAGUAACUAAAUUUAUAUAAAUAGAGUAAUUCACUUUAAGAAGUAUAUUUACAUUAUAAUUAAAUACGAAAUCAAGGGGGAACCGUAUUUUUUAGAGCUCUUCUAAAAAAUUAAUAUAUGAAAGUCUUAGAUUUUUCUUUUAAUAAGUUAGGAUAGCAUAAAGAAUGUAUUUAGAUGAUCUCUGAGUAAAUAUUUUUAUCCAUAAAGGGUUUUAGGUAAACCACAUUCAGAAUUAUCUCAUCUUGACUUAUCAUAUAAUAAUUUCAAUAAUGAAGAUUCCAAAAUAUUCCAUUAGGCUAUAAUGUUUAAUUAAAUUAUAUAUGGAUUUCAUUUUGAAGGUAACAGUGAUUAUUGUAUUAAUGCAAGAGGCUUUCUUGUAAAUUAGAAAGAAUUAGAUUAAGAAUAUAGUGUUUUAGUUUAAAAAUAAUAAACAAGAUUAUCUACAUAAUAAUUUGUUGAUUAAAGUAUAAGUAGAAUAGAUUUAAAAAAUAAAAUGAAUAAAUUAGAUCAAAAUUUUCAAUUAGCUGAUCCAUCAUUAUUUAAAAGAAUUUAAAGUACAGAUUGGACUAACAAUAAAUCUAAAGAUAAUUGUUGGUUAUGUGAAGGUUGGACUGAAAUCAGAUUUCAAUAUGUAGUUGGUAAAUCUGGAAAUAUUAGUGAUUAUCCAAUUUAUUUACAUUUAGACUUUGAAAAUUAUAGACCUAUGGUUAUGGAAUAGGAUUAAUAAAUCUUUUUUUUAUUAAGAAUGUGUCCACCUAAUAGAAAAAUUAAAUACUUUUUUAGUAAUCCAUUUUUGGAUAUACAAUUUACAGCUAAAGAUUAACGUAUAACUGCAUUAGAAGAUUUUGAACCUAUUAAAGUUUAAGGUAUUCCUAUGAUAUAUGCUGAUACUUCUGUAGUUUAUAGUUAGAAAAUCUCAAUUGUAAAUUAUUUAUCAGCUACAAUCAAUAAAAAAGUACUUGACUCUUAAAAACAUUAUAUUCCAACAGUAAUAACUAGACCUAGAGAAUAAGAAAAAAUAAUUUAUAUUGAUCCUAAUAAAGCAAAAGAGAAAUCGUGGUCAAUAGAAAAUUCAAUUUUUAGAGAUUUCUAGGCAGAUACAGAAGGACAUCUUCUAGAUUGUUUUGAUUUUGAUUUUGAAUGUGGAAGACUUUAAAAACAUAUACCUGAGCCAGAAGAUUUGGAAGUAUUAAAAACAAAGGUGAAAAUAUUCUACAAGAAUAUUUUGGCUUGUUAUAAAUAUUAUUGUGCUGAAACUCUAAAUUAUGAAACACCUUGUUUAAAUCAAUAAAGUUUUAUUGAUUUUAUAUCUUAAACAAAUAUACUUUCAAAAUCAAUUUUAAAUAAUAUUGACUUAUAAUUAACAUAUUUAUCAAGUUAUGUAGUUCAAAAAUCAGCUGAAUUUAUUCAUGUGCUUGAUAAAUGUUUAGUUAGAUAUUAAUUUCUUGAAAUAAUAAUUCGUUUAGCUAAAGAAUAAUACUUAAGAACAAAUUAAUGUAACAAUAUAACUGAUGCUUUGGAUAUGUUAUUUUAAUAAGAUAAAGUACUAGAUUUAAUUCAAGAAUUUGGAGUACCUUAAGAUUGGAGAGAAACUAGAUAUUGGACUUAACUGAUGGAUUCAACAAUAAAAAUGAAGAUACAGUUUUUAUAAUUAAUGUAUGAUUAUGUGUCAAAGAUUACAUUUAAACAUAAUAAAUAUAUUACAUUAAUGGAUUUUAAACUUUUUAAUGAAUAAUUGGAUUUUGUAAAAUAUGUUACUGAAAAAGAGCUUUAUUUAAUUUAUUUAUAAAGCAUGUAAACAUAAAGAGAUGAAUUAAGAGAAUCUAAACAUAUUUAAAUGUAAUUUUUAGAAUUUGUUGAGGCUAUAGCUAGAUUAGCAGAGAAAAUAUCACCAAUUUCUCCAAUGUAUGCAGUACGUAAUCCAACAGUAAAUAAAAUAACUAGGAAAUCAUUACCUUUAUUUGUUAAAUUUGAGGGACUUCUUUAUAUAAUAUUUUAAAAAAUAAAAUAAGCAAUAACUACAAAAACAAACGAAUAAUAAAUUUAAGAUUUAGAGAGAAAUAUUAUAUCAAAAACAAUAUUAAAAACUGUCUAAGCUAAAAAAUUAGGAGUAUUUGGUAUUAUUAUAUAAAUUAAUAUAUUUAGAGGAGGAUAGAAGUUCAGAUGAAGAGAGAGAAAAAGAAUCAAAAAAUAUACCAUUAUUACCUGAUGAUCAAGAUUAUUAAGAAGUAAAAGAAAAAAAAGUUGCUGGAAGUGGAUGGAGUAAAUUAAGAAAUUGGGCAAAUAAAAAGAAAUUGUAAAAAUAAGGCAAUCUUGAAUAAAUUAAUAUGCUUAAACAAUUAUAAACAUAUUAAGAUGAAGAAGAAAGAUAUGUGUAAGUAGAAUAUGAAUAAGCAUCUAUAUAUGAAAAAAUGGAAAUAAAAUAAAGAUAAAGAAUGAAGUAAGAAUUUCAAAGAACUAAAUUAAAUUAAGAUCCAACAUUCAAAUUUGAAGAAGAAGAUGAAAUUAAACGAUUCUGA